CUGGAGAAACUAUGCUGGGUCUUUGAAGGGGUGAAUCCUUUCAGUUAUGAUAAGCAUACAUGCAAAAUCUCUGGAUUUGAGAUUCAAUGAGAAGUUUUAGACAUUUCUCUUUGACUGUUGGAUUGGUAUCAAUGUUCAGUCUAGCCACUUCUAUCAGUAUCCAAAUUUAGAAGAGGUUGCAUAUCUUUUUUUGCUUCUAAUUUGAGUAGGAAAGAGGAAAGGAAACAGCAUCGGACAUUUGGGAUCAUUUAUGAAGCCUUGUAAUUGGUUUUUCCCUCAAGUUAAUGGAAAAUGGUUUUCCUCUUGCCCUUUUUUUCCGUUUCUCCUGAUCUCUUGAUGUUUGGAUGCUUUCAAGUCUCUCUCCAUGUGGUCCUUGAACUCUACUGGUUGAAGCUUGAAAGAAAUUUCUAUUUCGUCUUCUCAUUUCAAUAUCACCUUUUUAUUUGUUUUAUUUUCUGAUGCCCCCUUUAUGCACACUUUGUUUCAGCGUAAAAUCUCAAUUUACCAUCCAUACCUCCAUCGGCCCACCAUCCACUAACAUCCAUUUAUUUUUGCCUCUAGUCUCAAUCGGUCAGCUCUAAACCACUCACCAGUUCCAUGUGUAUAACAAACUUAGAGUUCCUAUAAUUCCCUAUUGUUUUAAGUUUCAACACAGAAUCAUCUUUGUUUGGUUUUUGAUAUCAUAACCAUAUGCAGGUUACAGGGGAGGCUGAAUAUGCUGAUGACACACCUAUGCCUCCUAACGGUCUACAUGCUGCAUUGGUAUUGAGUAGAAAGCCUCAUGCUCGCAUCCUAUCCAUAGAGGAUUCAGACGCCAAGUCUUCACCUGGUUUUGAGGGUUUGUUUCUUCAUAAGGAUAUACCUGGUACUAAUAAAAUUGGACCAGUUAUUGAUGAUGAGGAGCUUUUUGCUUCAGAGUUUGUAACUUGCGUGGGUCAGGUUAUAGGGGUAGUUGUUGCUGAUACCCAUGAAAAUGCAAAAUUAGCUGCAAGAAAGGUCCGUAUCAACUAUGAAGAACUCCCUGCAAUUUUAUCCAUAAAGGAUGCCAUUAAAUCUAACAGUUACCAUCCUAAUACUGAGAAAAUUUUGGAGAAAGGGGAUGUGGAACUUUGUUUUCAGUCAGGUGCAUGUGACAAAAUUAUAGAAGGGGAGGUUCAAGUAGGUGGACAGGAGCAUUUCUAUUUGGAGACAAAUAGCAGUCUGAUAUGGACAACAGAUGGUGGCAAUGAAGUUCAUAUGAUUUCAUCCACUCAAGCUCCUCAGAAGCACCAGAAAUAUGUUUCUCGUGUUCUUGGUCUUCCAAUGUCAAAAAUUGUUUGCAAAACAAAGCGAAUUGGUGGUGGAUUUGGUGGGAAGGAAACCAGGUCAGCCUUCAUUGCUGCUGCGGCUUCUGUGCCAUCAUAUAUUUUGAAUCGGCCUGUAAAAAUAACAUUAGACAGGGAUAUAGACAUGAUGAUAUCUGGGCAACGGCAUAGCUUUCUUGGAAAGUACAAGGUUGGAUUCACAAGUGAUGGGAAGAUUCUGGCUUUGGAUCUUGAAAUCUACAAUAAUGCCGGAAAUUCGCUGGACCUGUCUGUGGCAGUCCUUGAGCGUGCUAUGUUCCACUCAGAUAAUGUCUAUGAGAUACCAAAUUUCAGAAUCAAUGGAAAAGUUUGCUAUACUAAUUUUCCUAGUAACACAGCUUUUCGGGGAUUUGGUGGGCCUCAAGGCAUGCUUAUUACAGAAAACUGGAUCCAACGAGUCGCCACGGAGCUUAAGAAGAGGGUUGAAGAGAUAAGGGAGAUCAAUUUUCAAAGAGAAGGAUCUAUUUUGCAUUAUGGUCAACAAAUUCAACACUCCACACUAGCCCAAGUUUGGAACGAAUUGAAGUCAUCUUGUGAAUUUUUUAAGGCCCGGGAGGAAGUUGACCAAUUUAAUCUGCACAAUCGAUGGAAGAAGCGGGGAGUUGCUAUGGUUCCAACAAAAUUUGGCAUUUCCUUCACAACGAAGUUCAUGAAUCAGGCUGGUGCUCUUGUGCAAGUUUACACUGAUGGAACUGUUUUAGUAACCCAUGGGGGUGUCGAGAUGGGACAAGGUCUACACACGAAGGUUGCUCAGAUUGCCGCUUCAUCCUUCAAUAUUCCUCUCAGUUCUGUAUUUAUAUCAGAGACAAGUACUGACAAGGUCCCAAAUGCAUCACCAACUGCAGCUUCUGCCAGUUCUGACAUGUAUGGAGCAGCAGUUUUGGAUGCUUGUGAGCAGAUUAAAUCACGGAUGGAACCUGUUGCAUCUAGACAUAAGCACAGUUCUUUUGCUGAGCUUGUAAGCGCGUGCUACAUAGAGAGGAUAGACCUUUCUGCACAUGGAUUCUACAUUACACCUGAGAUUGGGUUUGAUUGGAAAACUGGUAAAGGAAUCCCAUUCAGUUAUUUCACCUAUGGCUCUGCAUUUGCCGAGGUUGAAAUUGACACUUUGACUGGAGAUUUCCACACAAGAAGAGCAGAUGUUAUGUUUGAUCUUGGAUUUUCUCUGAAUCCAGGCAUUGAUGUGGGACAGAUUGAAGGGGCCUUUAUACAAGGUUUGGGUUGGGUUGCCUUGGAAGAGCUAAAAUGGGGAGAUGCAGAGCAUAAGUGGAUUCCACCUGGCCAUUUAUAUACCUGUGGACCUGGAAGUUACAAAAUUCCUUCUGUUAAUGAUAUCCCUCUCAAAUUCAAUGUUUCACUUCUCAAGGGUGUCCCUAAUCCAAAGGCCAUUCAUUCAUCUAAAGCUGUCGGAGAGCCUCCAUUCUUCCUUGCCUCAUCGGUUUUCUUCGCCAUUAAAGAUGCGAUCAUAGCUGCAAGAGCAGAUUUGGGUUGUAAUGACUGGUUUCCACUUGAUAAUCCAGCAACUCCAGAGCGGAUUCGGAUGGCUUGUAUAGAUGAUUUCUCUGAGCGAUUUGUGAAGUCACAUUUCCACCCAAAACUUAGUGUGUAGUGCAUUUCAUUUUUGGCUUCUGAUUGUUCCUUUAUUGAAAUCCCAUUUCUGGAUGCUUCAAAUUUGUACAUCUUAUGUGGCUAUACAAACCCUACCCAAAAAAAAAAAAAUAAUGUAAGUAUACAAAUAAUCGUUGUAAGAGGUUCUGAGCAAAAAUAAGUCAAUCAGGUAAUGCAAAGUUCUCUCCUUAUUCUUUUUUCU